AUGGUCGACAUAAAGCAGAACCCUCUCGAACCUGUGAUCGAUACUGAACUCGCCAACAUCAGAGCAACUCAUCCAGACCCAUAUCUGGUCGCUUUCAAUGACCUCGACAGUGAUAACCCUAAGAACUGGCCAGAACGGCGCAAAUGGGCUGUCACAAAUGUUCUCUCGGUAACUGGGUUCAAUCGCAUACUCGUAUCAACGGUCAUGGCUCCUGCAUUGUCUGUUAUCGCGAAAGACCUGGACAUGACAGCGACGCAGUCGGUCAUGGCGUUGAGUAUCUAUCUCUUGGCAACUGCCUUCGGUCCCCUUGUCAUUGGGCCUUUGUCAGAGGUUUACGGACGCAAGGCCAUUCUGCAUGUAUCUAAUAUCUGGUUUCUUGUCUGGAAUGUUGCAUGCGGCUUUGCAAAUACCAAAGAGUUGCUGAUUGGCGCGAGAUUCCUUGCUGGAUUUGGAGCGAGUGCUGUGUAUGCCCUUGGAGGAGGCGUUCUAGGUGAUAUUUGGCGCCCGGAUCAGCGUGGAAAGUCACUGGGUUGGUAUAUGGUGAUUCCUUUGGUGGGUGCUGCAGUUGGUCCAAUCAUUGGAGGAUUCAUGACCUACCGAGUCACAUGGAGAUGGAUGUUCUGGUCGACAUCUUUGUUUCAAGUAGCCAUGGCCGCUCUUUCGUUCACUACCUUCCAAGAAACAUACGCACCAGCCAUUUUAAAGCAGCGAGCUCAGAGGUUACGCAAAGAGACUGGCGAGCCAUACUACACAUAUGAAGAGCGCACCCAAGAGGAGAUGUCGUUGGCAAAGGUUCUUGGCCAAGCCAUGACUCGUCCUCUACGCCUACUAGUAUUUCAUCCCAUCAUCCAAGUCGCAGCCGUCAUCUCGGCCCUUGGUUAUGGCCUUCUCUACAUUGUCUUGUCCAGCUUUGCAGAGCUCUGGGCUCAGCACUACGGACAAUCUGUUGAGAUCAGUGGCUUACACUACAUUGCCUGCGCCCUCGGAGAACUCCUCGCAUCGCAGCUCUGUGCACCGCUAAUGGAUUAUUGGUUCCACAAAAUGGAGCGUCGCGCUGGUGGUCAACAUGUCCCAGAGCACAGAAUACCUUUGAUGCUGAUGUUUGCUUUUGUGGCACCAAUCGGCUUUGUUGUCUAUGGCUGGUGCGCUGAGUAUCGUGUUCACUGGGCUUGGGUUGAUGUUGCCAUGUGUAUCACGACGUUCGGGAUGCAAAUUGCAGGGAUGCCGCUGCAAGCAUAUCUCAUGGACUCGUAUCCAGACCACACGUCCAGUGCCAUCGCGGCACAGCAGUUUCCCCGCAGUUUGGCAGCAUUUCUGUUCCCUCUGUUUACGCCCCAGAUGUAUGCUGCCCUAGGAUAUGGAUGGGGAAACAGUGCUAUGGCUUUGGUAGAGCUGGCUCUGGAAAUAGCUGCACCGAUUAUGUUGUGGAAGUAUGGUGCUAGGUUGAGAUCGCGGGCAACGUCGAGUCUCUGA